ACCGCCCUUCUCCUCUCUCCCGCAGCUCCCACCUCUCUUCCCACCGGCGCUGCUCCGACGGUCGCCGGAGACUCCACCUAGGGUUCCGGUGCUCUUCCUCGACGCCUCCCCGUCUCGGCUUCUAUAAACAAGAUGUUUGAUUUGUGUUAAUGGCCUUACGAGCAAUGUGAGCUUCAAAAAGGUGAAAUUGUGAUUACUAUCGGUACAUUCUCGUGGAAUUAGAACGGAUCCUUGAAUCAUAUCUAGUACUUAGCAAAGUUCUAAUUAAGAGUAAAGAGAUUUUUGAGAACAUUUUCAUUAUCAUUUUAUUUAACGCCAUUUUUAUCAGAAUUGAACUCCUCAUAUGGACUUAUCUAUGAUGAGCUACGUGGAACUUGCAAUAUUCUUAGGGUUCCUGUGCAAAGCGUGGCAAAAAACAAAGUUCUUUCUUCAAUUUACCUUUUCGAUUUUGGCUAUCAACGCUGUCACUUGCUAUUGUGCUGAUAAGAGUUUAAGGGCAUUUCUUACCUAUAUUUGGUUUUUCCUUCUUUCUAAAAAUUUCUCGCAGAGCGAGAAAUCUUUUAGCCUGAAAGAAUGUGCAAUAUCUGUAGCACUGGCAAUUGGAUUAGUAACAGGUGUGCCAGCAAUGGAAUCGCCUGCUCAUGCUACCCCUGCAAACUCUUCAAUACCUGAUGUCUCCGUGCUAAUCUCCGGACCGCCCAUAAAAGAUCCUGGUGCCUUGCUGAGAUAUGCAUUGCCAAUUGAUAAUAAGGCUAUCCGAGAAGUUCAGAAGCCACUGGAGGAUAUCACCGACAGUCUCAAGGUUGCUGGUGUUAGGGCAUUGGAUUCGGUGGAAAGAAAUGUGAGACAGGCAUCUCGAGCUCUUAGCCAAGGAAAAGAUUUGAUUCUGGCAGGUGUUGCUGAGUCAAAGAAAGCAGAGGCCCAGGAAUUGUUGGAUAAGUUGGCUGUUGGAUUGCAAGAGCUCCUACGCAUUGUAGAAGAAAGGGAUAGGGAUGCAGUGAAGCCGAAACAAAAGGAACUUCUACAGUAUGUCGGAAGUGUAGAAGAAGAUAUGGUGGAUGGUUUCCCAUAUGAAGUGCCCGAAGAGUAUAGAAAUAUGCCUCUCUUGAAAGGGAGGGCGACUGUGGAUAUGAAGGUCAAAGUUAAGGACAACCCCAACCUACAGGAUUGUGUGUUUCGGAUUGUUCUAGAUGGGUACAAUGCUCCUGUGACCGCCGGAAAUUUCUUAGAUUUGGUGGAAAGGCACUUUUAUGAUGGCAUGGAAAUUCAAAGAGCUGAUGGCUUUGUUGUUCAAACUGGAGAUCCAGAGGGGCCAGCUGAGGGUUUUAUUGAUCCCAGUACCGGAAAAAUUCGUACCAUUCCUCUGGAAAUUAUGGUUAGUGGCGACAAAUCGCCUGUUUACGGUCAAACAUUGGAAGAACUCGGUCGGUACAAAGCUCAGACAAGGCUUCCUUUUAAUGCCUUCGGAACAAUGGCAAUGGCUAGAGAUGAAUUUGACAAUAAUUCUGCUUCGAGCCAAGUCUUUUGGCUUCUCAAGGAGAGUGAACUGACACCGAGUAACGCAAACAUUUUGGACGGGCGUUAUGCUGUGUUCGGAUAUGUGACCGAAAACGAGGACUAUUUAGCCGAUCUCAAGGUCGGGGAUGUCAUCGAAUCGAUCCAAGUUGUGUCGGGCCUUGAUAAUCUUGCAAACCCUAGUUAUAAGAUUGUAGGUUAAUGAGAAUACUCUUUUGUACUCCAACUACGUGAGGGUCCAUUCUUUUCCAAAUUUUUUCGCCUCCCCCCGGUUCUCUCCAUAUCUGUGUAAACUCGCGAUUUGAUCGGCUCAUCUAUCAUAGAGCUCAAGUAUUUUUUGUUCACUU